UAUCUGCAUUUUUGAAGAAAAACAAAUAGAAAAAACGUAUAUCUUUGGAAAAAAAUUAUUUCAUAAUUAAAAAGAAAAUAAAGUAAUAGUGAAAAUGACUCAAACUUAUCCUACAAAUUGGGAUGUUGACAAAUAUAAGGACGACACCGAGCCUGAACAACACUGGGAAUUGAGAAAGGAAUUCAUGGAGGUUCAUAAAGGGAAAUUCUCUGAAGAUUAUUUAGUAGCCUUAGCUAGAACAUUUGCAAAUGUUGAGUUUAUGGGAUGUGUUUAUCCUGCAGCUGUAAUGAUCAGAAUCUCUGAAUUGUCCAAAGAUGUUGCUCAUAAAUAUCGUGAAAUCAAGAAAACAAAAUUGCAAAGAACUUUUGUGACAGCUUCCAGUGCUGCAGAAAGUAAAGCAAAGAGGAAAAGUGAUCCAGGGCCCACCAGAAGAAAUUGAAGAGAAAAAAACAUUAAUUUUUUCCUUCAAGUUAAAAAUAACAUAGAUACUUGACAAGUCUUAUUAUAGAAAUAAAAGGUCUUAUAAACAAAAUAUAACAAAUAUAUUUUAAUAUCAAA